CACAUUUGGAUAAUCCGCAUAUUUGUUGAUCACAAAUUUCUGCUGCAAUUUUUCCACAUUCCACCUAGCCGCGUGUUAAAAUUUCGCUCGAGUAAUGUUGCAGUUUAAAUGCAGAUAAAUUCUUGUGUAGUGACAUUGUGGGGCAGUUUGCACAUGAGUUAGGCCACAAACAUGUCUACCGAAGUUCCAGUUCUGGCCGUUCGCGGCUCCACCGGGGUCAUCCUAAGCCGAGGACCACCGUCUUACGAUCCCGUCACUGCAUUUCCAACUGUUACCAGUAAGAAUUGUAAAGUAAUGUUGUUCAGUCCAAAUGGCCAAUAUUUUGCUUGGUUUGACGGAUCAAAAAUCGUAGUAACACUAGUGUCUUCGUGGAAGGUAGUGCAGGAGAUAGAAAAACCAAAAACGAUGUGUCUGCUUUUUUCACCCAAAGGAACUUAUUUAUGCUCUUGGGAAACUUUUUAUGUUAAUCAAGAAAAUCCGAAAGGUGGCCCCAAUCUAUUUAUAUGGAAAACAGAAACUGGAGAAUUGGUACAUUCUUAUAUACACAAGAAGCAAAUAAACUGGCAACUGCAGUUUAGCAAAGACGAGAAAAUCUGCGCUCGAUGCCUCGACGGCCAAGUUCUCAUCUACGAGAAGGCUAAUUUCGAAACACCAACUUACAAAAUCCAGUCCCCAAAGGUCGCGGAUUUCAGCCUAUCGCCAGGCUCCAUUUAUCAUGUUUUGUGUUACAUGCCAGGUAGCUCUGGUCCGUCGUUCGGGAAAUUAUUCAAAUAUCCGAAAUUUGAACACGAGAAUUGCGUAGCUAAUAAGACGUUUUUCAAAGCGGACAGGGUGGACAUGUAUUGGAACAACAAAGGCACGAACGUCUUAUUAUUGACCAGUACUGACGUUGAUAAGACUAAUGCUUCGUAUUACGGCAAACAAUCGUUGCAUUUCUUAUCAACGAAAGGUGAUACCGCUAUAGUCUUAUUGAAUAAGGAGGGUUCCAUUCACAGCAUUAGUUGGAAUCCAUCAGGAGAAGAGUUCUGCGUUAUUUAUGGUUUCAUGCCUGCCAAAGCUGCUCUCUUUAAUACCAAAUGCGAGGUUAUAUUCGAUUUUGGAUCGGGACCGAGGAAUUCGAUUUAUUAUAAUCCGCACGGAAAUAUUGUUUUAUUGGGAGGUUUUGGAAAUAUCAGCGGGUACGUUGAAAUAUGGGAUACUGUGAGCAGAAGAAGAAUUACCAAAAUGGAGUGUUCUAAUACAACUUUACUGCAGUGGUCGCCUGAUGGUACCCAUUUCGUCACCGCUACCACUGCCCCUAGAUUGAGGGUGGAUAACGGGUUCAAGAUAUGGCACUAUAGCGGUGCUCUACUCUACGAGAGACCGUGGAAUAAACAAGAAGAGCUUUGGGAAGUGACUUGGCAAACGUAUGCCGAUUCAAGAUUCAAAAAACCAACCAUCAGUUUUAAACACGUUGAAGGAAUUCAAUCUAGCGAACCAACAGCUUCGAAAGAGGUAUACCGACCACCGGCGGCGCGAAAUCUAGCCAAUCCGGUUAAAUUUAAUUUACACGAUAAUACCGAUACCGCGGAAACUCGUACGUUAUCCAAAGCAGCCUUGAAGAUGAAGAAGAAACGUGAUGCGAAAAGACAAGCGAAAUUGCAGCAACAACAAAAUCAAGAAGAAAACACUACCGCAGUUGUUAAUAAUGGUCAUAGCAACUCCGAUAAUGGUGCUGAGUUGAGAAAUGCUAACGCUGGUGAUAAAACAAAUAAUCGUAAUGUCGAUAAAGAUAAAAUAAAGAAAAUUAAAACGAAUUUGAAAAGCAUAGAAAAGCUUAAACAAUUACAAGCAAGUGGUAAAGAGCUGGAUAAGAAUCAAUUAGAAAAGCUGAACAAGGAAGCCGAAUUACAAGAAGAGCUAAAAAAUCUGACGUUAUGACAGGAAUCCAGCACUUCAUCGAAUUCCUGGAACCAUGUGUAAGAUCUUUUCAACGGCUGAUUACUUUUCGACGAUGAAUUUAUAUUGUUUUCUUCUCUGAUAAAAAAUAAUAAAUUAUUUCACGAACGAGAAA